AGGACCUAGGUACCUAGGUAGGUGCUAUACUAGACAAACAGACGCAAUACCUCCUCCCACUGUAGCAAUUACCCAUAAAAUUGCCCGCUUUCCGGCGAAGAGAGGUUGCCGGUGGUAGGUACGACUGUGCUCCGUUACCCCUCGCUGCUGGUGCCGAAGCACGGAAGCAACAAUCGGAAGUUCGCAGUUUUUCUUUUUUUCUUAAAGAACAAGUUUCCUUUCCUGUUUCAUCCUUGUCUCACCGCCAACAAAUAAAUAUAAGAUCAAUCAAUUUACCUCUACUCAGUAUUUCUUCUAACCCUUUCCAUAUCCGAAUUGUCAAUGGGAAGACAAGUAAAAUGUCCGAAUCAAAGAAAGGCUGCUGCACCGCUGGUUGUUGUAGCGCUCCUGCUCCCACUCCUGCUGCUCCUCCCCCAAAGGUAGAGGAUGCUGGCUGUAGUUCGGGAUGCUGCGGUGAUGGCAAUAGUGCAAAGGCUGGUGAAGUGGAUGACUUUUGCAACCCACCGGUUCCGGAGAACAAAGACUGCUGCUCUAUCGCCUGUGAAGCUUCCGGCGGCGCUAUUGAGCCCGACGAUUGUUGCAAGCCAGCGAAGCCAAGUUCCGUCGACGAUUGUCGAGAUACCUGCUGCAGGCCUAAUGAGGAGGUCGAUAGCUGCUGUGGAGACAAAGACGAAAAUGCAGCAGUACCCAAGGGUUCAACAGGCUGUUGCGGCUCUAAAGCCGAUAAAGGCAUCGAGGACAAUUGCUGCAAACUCGUAGAAGCAGCCGAUGAAUGCUGCCAGGAUUCCUGCUGCGAUGCCGAGGGAGAUAUUGAUGGGAAGUUUGAUGGGCCAUCAGAUGAUAUUCCACAGGAUACCUGCAAAGACGCUUGCUGCUCGACUAGAAAGCCUGAAACUAAUGAGGCCACUUGCUGCGAGGGUAAACCGAAGCCGUGUUGUGAUACAACGUGUAUCGAUCGGCUCGUACUUCGAGAGACUGCCAUCCAAAGGGGACAAGGUGAUGAUGCAAAUUCAAGCUCUAGCCGUAUCUCAUCUUCUAAGGAGAAGUCGAUUCGCGAAAAAUAUGAGAUCAGACUUGCAGCUAUUGGAUGCCUGUGCAGGGCGCUCAUUGCCUUGGGUCAGGAGUCGUGCUGUACGGCUCGUGAUAUUUCUUCGGAGGAAAGGAAGCGGGGGCCUAAGAGAACCACCCGUCCUAAAUCUCCUAAAUCCCAGGAGAAACAAGCGCCAACUUGCACACCAAAGGUCGCAGUAGAUUGUUGCGCGAAGUCCCCGGAACGUAAAUCUUCGACUUCCAAAACCCAAGGUGGCACGUCCUGUAACAAGGGUUGUUGUAGGGGAGCAAAGAAUCCUUCCGCAAUUAAACCUGCUAAAGUAUCGAGCUGUUGCUCCGGGAAUGCAAGCUCUGAAGGAAGUUGUUGCCAACAGAGUAGCGGCACCGUGAUCGAAAGUUCUUCGAAAAUAACUGGGAGCCAAGAUGUUCAGGUCGCUGAUGUUGAGAAAGGCCUUUCUGGUUCUGAGCGUAUCGUCCUCAGUAUAACUGGAAUGACAUGCACAGGUUGCGAAACUAAACUACAGCAGACAUUGGGUAGAGUCGAUGCUGUGAAGAAUCUUAAGACAAGCCUUGUUAUGGCCAGGGUUGAAUUUCAACUAGACUCCAGUUUGGCCACCCCAGACGAUAUUGUCAAGCAUAUUGAGAGAACGACUGAAUUCAAAUGCGAGAGAAUGGCAACCCAUGGCUCGACGCUGGACAUUAUUCCCGUCGGAGGAGCUAAACAGUUUAUUCAGCAGCCCACGCCCCUAGGAGUAGAAAACGUAGAUAUCCUGGAUGAAAAGACCGUUCGCAUUACAUUCGAGCCAGAGGUCAUUGGCGCCCGCGACCUCAUCAAUCACGGAUUCCAGAGCCCCGUUACUCUUGCACCUCCGCAGGCCGAUCCCGCGAUCGCUGCAGGGAGCAAGCAUGUUCGACAUAUGGGCUGGAUGACACUGGCUUCAGUACUCCUCACCAUACCCGUGUUAGUAUUAGCAUGGGCUCCGGUGGAAGAGCGUCCGAUUGUAUAUGGUGGUGUUUCCCUAGCUCUGGCGACCAUUGUCCAGAUCUUCAUUGCGGGACCAUUCUACCCGAAAGCUUUGAAAAGUCUAGUCUUCUCCAGGGUAGUCGAAAUGGAUCUGUUGAUCGUCUUGAGUACCACGGCAGCGUACACCUUUUCGGUCGUUUCAUUUGGUUAUCUCGUUGCCGGCCAGCCGCUAUCAACGGGUAACUUCUUUGAAACGAGCACCUUGUUGGUCACCCUGAUCAUGGUUGGGCGGUGGGUUAGCGCUCUUGCUCGCCAGAAAGCCGUCGAGUCCAUCUCUAUCCGGUCCCUACAAGCUUCCACCGCAGUCCUAAUUUCAGAUGACGGUACCGAAAUUGGUAUAGACACCAGACUACUCCAAUAUGGCGAUGAAUUCAAGGUCGCUCCUCAUACGCAGAUUCCUACAGACGGUAUUAUCGUCUCUGGUACAACAGAAGUAGACGAGUCGAUGUUGACAGGUGAAUCGCGCCCUAUCGAGAAGAAGCCGGGGUCAACUCUCCUUGCCGGGUCACUAAAUGGCCCCGGCACCGUUACAGUACGCCUUACGAAGCUACCAGGGCAAAAUACAAUUAGCACCAUUGCGGCAAUGGUCGACGAUGCUAAACUAUCAAAACCCAAGAUUCAAGACCUUGCAGACCGGAUCGCAUCUUACUUUGUCCCCGUCGUUAUCUCCUUGACUUUGAUCACGUUUAUCGCUUGGGUUGCCGUGGGAGUUCGCACUCAAGGGAAGUCGGGGAGCGAGGCCGUAACACAGGCAAUAACAUACGGCAUCACAGUACUCAUAGUCUCGUGCCCAUGUGCUAUAGGCCUAGCCGUCCCUAUGGUUAUCGUGAUAGCAUGUGGUGUUGCCGCAGAGAGAGGUUUGGUUUUCAAAGAGAGCGAGGCUAUAGAAAUCGCCCACAAGGCUUCACAUGUCGUGUUUGACAAAACUGGGACCCUGACGGAGGGUAAACUCUCUGUUAUAAGUGAGGAGUAUCUCUCGGAAGCGAAGCAAGAUGUUUCUUCAAAGAUCUUGGGCCUAUUGGCAGACGUUAAUCACCCAGUCUCAUCCGCUGUCACGGCUCACCUGAAAGCUCAAGGGGUCAUUGCCGCCAAGGCUAAUGAGGUUAAGUCCCUCCCUGGUAAAGGAGUACAAGGCUAUACCGACGGGCUUUCCAUCAAGGCUGGUAACUCUCGCUGGCUUAGUGUUGGAUCUGACCCUCGCGUGCAAGCUGUUCUAUCAGAAGGCCAUACCGCCUUCUGCGUGACAAUCGGAUCCGACCUCGUGGUCGUUUUUGGGCUGGCUGACACUGUCCGACAAGAUGCAAAAUUGACUGUCGCAGAGUUGAAGAGGAGGAACAUAAUCGUGUCAAUGCUGAGCGGCGACGACGAUGGCGCUGUUCAGGCCGUGGCUUCUUCGCUGGGAAUUCCUGCGGAGAACGCUUUAUCCCGAUGUUCUCCUGCGGACAAGCGAGCGUACAUCCAAGAACUCAUCGGAAACCAGACAGGGUCGAACGGUAAGGAGCAGCCUGUAGUCAUUUUCGUAGGAGACGGAACAAACGACGCCGUGGCCUUAGCCCAGGCUACCAUCGGCGUGCACGUCAACUCAGGCACGGACGUGGCACAGUCGGCAGCCGACGUCGUGUUGAUGCGGCCUUCGCUCGGCGGCGUGCUCACCAUGAUAGACGUGUCGCGGGCCGCCGUGCGCCGCGUCGCCUUCAACUUCGGCUGGAGCUUCGUGUACAAUCUGUUCGCAAUCCUGCUCGCGACCGGGGCAUUCGUCAACGCUGGAGAGAAUGCGCGUAUCCCGCCCGAGUUCGCUGGACUCGGCGAGCUGGUCAGCGUGCUGCCUGUCGUCGUUGUUGCCGUCAGUCUGCGCUGGGCUAGGGUUUGAAGGAGGGGUAGAUAUACUUGGGGAUGAGCUUUGGGCGUCGUAUUCUGUCUGACCCCAGAGUCCUUACUUUCUUUGGCCUGGCCUGGCCUGGCCUUGCUUGACCUCCAGUAGCAACAAGUCUUGUGAGUUACGAGAUGGUUAUACUUCAGACCUAGGAUUCGCGGUUAUAGCGCCGGUCACGGUCCCUGUUUAUUUAACUGGAUUUGCGAAUGAGUUCGGAACUUCUGCUUCAUGUUCUAACAUGACAUCACAGUCUCUACAGAUAGCUUACCUACCUCCUAGGUAGGGUUAGGUAGCAUUUUGAUUCGCAGCUGAACUAAGGAUGAUUAGCUACAGGACCUUAGAUGAUAACACUAACAGGUACCGAAUAAGCGAAACUCAUGCCUAUUUCACUUUGUUUCUCCUUUCUAACGUGAGCUUCGUGAGAAAUCGACGGAUGAAGUUUUUUCUCAUGUUGAAUACGAAGUAGGAAUUUGAAAUUAAGGAUAGUUCAACUAAACUGGUAUUCGUAAAAAGUCGUUAUAAAAAGCCAUUCAUUCAUUCAUUCAUUCGAUCGUUUCCUCAUUCAUGAUCCUCCACCUUCCAACUUGCAACGUGAACCUCGUCACAAGC